AGAGCCGGACGUGACGUGUGGCUCAGAGAGGCGCCUCAGGGGCCGGCGCGCUGGCCGGCGAGUGGCUCCCACCAACCCCAGGGAUCCUCCGCGAGAGGCCCGGCGGCUUGGAAUGGUUACGCCCGCCGGCUCUAGGGAGCGUCUCCGAAGAGUGUGCCCUGGAGGGAGACGGAGGCUGGCGGGAGGGCUUGGGGCGGGGGAAGGGAUCCCGGCCUGGAACAACUGCUGACUAAUCGACAGGCGGGAUCACGCGCCCGUAAAAAGAAAACCCGGGCCCAAGAGACUGAGUCUUUUGCACAAAGUUACAAAGCUGAGUUGGACCCAGGCCCCGGGACUCCCCUCUCUGUGCCACCCGGAAGCAUCUCCCCUGCCCUUGACUUCCCACUCUGCCCUCCCGGCUCCCCAGUAAGGAGCAGCAGCUGGAGUCAUUAUUUGACUUUUACAAGAUCCGUUUUAUUAAUUGAAGAUAUGGCUGGAGAUGAAGGCGCAGUGUUACUGCUUGCCUAGGAUGUGUGAGGCCCAGGUUUCUAAUCCCAUCACCAAGAGAGAGACGAGACUGGUCGGGAGGACUCGAGGUCCAGUUCCGUGUACCCAUGGACCUGUCUCUUAGUGCCCAGGGAUGGGAUGGUUGUGAGAAGGUGCAAGAGGAAGCUUCAGUCUAGGGGACCCUGCCUCCAGCCCUGGGAAGCAAGUGCAGGUGCCUAUGUAUGCUAGCAUUCAGCCUCAGGACCACCUUUAACCACCAUCAACCAAACUAUGCAUGCCUGGGACCCCCCUGGCUCACAGUCCCAGACACUGCCGCUUGCUUCCUCAGUCCUGAUGCUGCUGCUGAGCUGCCUGUGGUUAGUAGGGGCUGGCCCCAGCCUCACAUUGGCUCCAGAGCUGCUAAUGGACCCCUGGCAGGCUUUCCCUGGAAAGAAGGACCAAGGUCUUCAUCCAAACAUCCUUCCCACAAACUUCCCUCCAGGUUGCAUUUUAGGAACCCAAAUGUUGAGAGAGUGCACCGUCUGCUGACCCAUGCCGUGGGCCACACUGCACUGCCAGGCCUGCUCCUCAGCCUGCUGCUCCUGCCCACCCUGGGAUGGUGGCAGGAGUGCCACCUGGGCACGCUGCGCUUCCUGCACAACUCCACCCUGCUUGCCCUGGCCACUGGGCUGCUGGCUGUGCUGCUGGCAGGCCUCGGGGUGUCUAGUGCAGCUGGGGGCUGUGGCUACAUGCCUGUCCAUCUGGCCAUGCUGGCAGGGCACAGUUACUACCCUGGAUGGCCUCAGGGGACUCUGCCACCAUGGCUGCUCCCAUGGCUGCUGCUGGCCCUGACCCUGCUGCUAGGCUCUGAACCACCCUUCCUGCAGCUCCUGUGUGGCCUUCUGGCUGGCCUAGCCUAUGCUGCUGGGGCCUUCCGGUGGCUGGAGCUCUCGGAGCGGAGACUGCAGCUGUUACAGGAGGGUGUUCUUUGCAGGACUCUGGCCCGGUGCUGGCCACUGAGGCUCCUUCCUACCCCAGGCAGUCUGGCUGAACUGCCUGUCACUUACCCUGCUGGAGUGAGGCCUGCUGUCCCUGGACCUCCUUACCUGCCCCCCUCAAGCUCCUGGACUCACAGUGAUGGCUCUGCCCAGCACCCCCCAGGCCUGACAUGGAAGGACUCAGAGAGCAGCUUGGGCUGGGCUGGGUCCAGCUUUGCUCCAGGAACCCCAAUGUGGGCAGCCCUAGACGAGCAAAUGCUACAGGAGGGGAUCCAGGCCUCACUUCUCGAUGCGGCAGUCCAGGGUCCCCAGAGCUCGCUUUGGUUGCCCAAGUCUCCUGUAUCUUCUCUACGGCUGCAGCAGCUACAGCACAUGGGGUUCCCUACUGAGAAGGCUGCAGUGGCUUUGGCAGCUACUGGACGUGUGGAGGGGGCAGUGUCACUGCUGGUGGAAGGCCUAGUGGAAACUGAGGCCCCAGUAACCGACGGGAGAAGUGGUUCUGCCCAUUGCAAGGGCACUGGGCCCUCAUAGUCCAAGACGAGUGGGCUUGGUCUGAGUCCUUGCCCUAUCUACUUGAGGGCUUGGUGGGGUGUUGAAAGCACUAGGGGCAGGAGCGGGCCCCAGCAUGUUGCCCUGGUACUAAGAAUAAAAGCUGAUUGGUUUUUCAA